UUUUUUUAUGCUGGCAGCACUACUAUCUGCUCUUCCCUGGUUUAGACAUAUGGAAAACGGCAGAUUGUGAUGGAGAAAGAGGAAACAGAAGAAUUGAAACGGUUUGAUUCUCCAGGCUUGUUUCUGAUUGGCUUCAAACCACUUUCAAUGCUAAAACAUCACCACCAUAUCAAGCCUUCCCAGUUCAUACAUCCUGAGGAGUCCCUAGUAAAUGGGAGUACAACGCUAUUUAAUGCCUUACUUAUGAAAUGCUUGGAGAAGGAGGUGAUGGCUCUGUGCCGAUACACUGCCCGCCGGAACACUCCCCCUCGCUUCGUGGCCCUGGUUCCCCAGGAGGAAGAGGUGGAUGAGCAGAAAGUGCAGAUAGCCCCUCCAGGUUUCCACAUGAUUUUCCUACCAUACGCAGAUGACAAACGGAAUGUUGAUUUUACAGAAAAGGUGCCAGCUAGUCGAGAGCAGGUGGACAAAAUGAAGGAAAUAAUUCAAAAACUCCGAUUCAGAUACAGGCCUGACAGCUUUGAGAACCCAGUUUUGCAGCAGCAUUUCAGGAAUCUGGAGGCUUUAGCGCUGGAUAUGAUGGAACCGGAACAAGCUGAGGAUCUUACAAUGCCAAAGGCUGAAAAGAUGAACUGCAGGGUGGGCAACCUGGUGGAGGAGUUUAAGCAGCUGGUUUAUCCCCCUGACUAUGAUCCUGAUGGGAAGGCUGUAAAGCGAAAACAAGCUUCUGAUGGUCAAACUGAGAAGAGACCCAAGGUAGAAUUCUCCAAAGAUGAGCUGAGGAGUCACGUACAGAAGGGCACUUUAGGCAAGCUCACUGUACCUGUUCUGAAGGACGCAUGCAGGCUUUACGGGCUGAAGGGUGGGGGGAAGAAGCAGGAGCUCAUGGAUGCGAUAACUGAAUACUUUAAUGAGCACUAAGCAGGAGCAGUCAGCCCUGGUUGACACCAUCUACUUAAAGUUUUGGUU